CUAAUGUAUGCAUAUCACUAUCACAAACCGACAUAAACGAAGUUCAAGUAUCGUUCACAGUAGCUUUUGUAUACAUUUUAGUAUAUAACGAUAGAAAUUGUGUUUGCUUAGGAGUGCCUAAUUAAUUAUCACAAACGUCAAAAAGAAUAUCAAUUAUUAAUUACAAAUAAAUAAAUCAGUGAAGGAAGCAAAAAUGUCGUUAUAUCCUUCAUUAGAAGACAUGAAAGUGGAUCAAAUGAUCCAAGCACAAGUGAAUUUGUACAACCAAUAUGCAACUCCGCCACAGCCACAAACUCAAAUGCCGAUGCCAACAGCACCAGUUUCUGGAAUAUAUGGAACUUUGGAGAAUACUCCGCAUUCGUUAUAUCCCAAAUUAAAUGAUUAUAUGGGAUUGGAAUUGUCUGAAGAAGUUAUUGCAGCAAAUAUGCCAGAAUUACAAGUUGCAACUUUACCACCAAGUGAAAUAGUUGAAGCCAGACCUACGAACGGAGGUCUCCAUGGAAUGGUUGCCCCAUUAUCUGGACAAUCUUUAGGUUUAAAACGAUCUCAAGUUACCCAUGGAAUUCGCGAGCUAACACUUUGUAAAGAUAAGGAUGGAAAGGUUGGUUUACGAGUAAAGGAAAUCAAUAAUGGAAUUUUUGUUUGUCUGGUAAAUGCUGGUAGUCCCGCUGCAUUAGCUGGAUUAAGAUUUGGUGAUCAAAUUUUACAAGUAAAUAAUGUUACCGUUGCUGGUUUUACCAUGGAAAAGGUUCAUGAUUUGUUCCGUAAAAGUGGAGUUAAUGGUAUAUCUGUGGUCGUACGUGAUAGGCCAUUUGAACGAACAGUUACUUUAUACAAGGACAGCACAAAUCAAAUUGGAUUCCAAUUUAAAAAUGGAAAAAUUGUCCGUUUAGUAAAAGAUUCAUCAGCUGCAAGAAAUGGUUUAUUAACAGAACAUCAACUUUUAGAAGUAAAUGGACAAAAUGUUGUAGGAAUGAAAGAUAAAGAAAUUACUAAAAUAAUUGAAGGAGGUGGACAAUGUGUUACAAUUACUGUAAUCCCAACUUUCAUUUAUGAACACAUGGUUAAAAAGAUGGCAACGAGUCUCUUGAAGGAAUCAAUGGAUCACUCAAUCCCAAGCAUUUAAAAUGGACACCUACAAUCUGACAAACAUAUAUUUUUAACCAAAUAAUAGUUAUUUAUAUCUGUUUUAAAAUAUAGUGUUAUCAAAAUAUGAAAAAACAUUUUACAAUCAUUUUUAACUCAUGAAUUGAGUAAAUUUUUGACCAAAACGAUUUUUUUUUUACUACUGAAUGUUUAAAAAAAAAACAUAGUAUGCAGUUAUUUUUCUAAAUAAUAGAAUUUCUAGAUUUUAUAUUGUUAAUUUGAAUAAAAUAUUUUAUUUCAUCAUUAAAUCUAUUAUACCGGCUGACCAAUAAGAACAAAAUCAAAAUUAAUAAACUUAAAGGAAUUUUACGAAAUCAAAAUGAACUGAAACAAUGUCUUUGAAUUGGUUAUUUUAUUGGAGUUAGAGUUGUCUAACUUUUCUUACCAAUACCAAGGUAUCUGUGAAACCCCUUAAUAAUUAAUCAACU